AUGGACUCGGUAUCUGAAGAAAAGACGGCAAUCGCCCCAAAGUAUACCCCCAAAUGGCCUGAGACAUUCGAUGAUGCCAGUGUAAAGCAGUGGAUCCACGACUACUACAGCGCGAUCGAUAACAAGGCAUCACCCCAGGCUGUCGUUGACCUCUUCACCGAAGAUGCUGUGAUCGAGCUGGGUAAACGACGGAUCAAUAGAUCGACCAUGCUCCAAGCCAGUCGGUCCUCGUGGGAUGAUGUCGAGUCAAGGCGGCAUAACCCCCAGGAUGCCUAUCCGCUGGGGGAUAAUACCUAUCUGAUCGAGGGCAAUGCCACAUAUGUGUACAAGAACGGCCAGAGCAGAACUUUCGAGUGGUGUGGGAAGCUGCGCUUGGUGAUGAAUGAUGGCAAGUGGCAGAUGAACUAUUACAAGACAUAUUUUGCCACGGAGUAUUGAUCCGAUGUUGUCUUGGACAUACGCGUUUCACCCAUCUGCUGUCUUUGACGUCAAUAAAAUUUGAUGGGAAACAUAUGAAUCUCGUACUCAUGCAAAAUGGCAGAACA